GGGCAGGGCUGGCGGAGCGGGGCAGGGCUGGCGGAGCGGGGCAGGGCUGGCGGAGGAGGCCGGGCCGUGCUGCGGGCGGGGCCGCGGGUAGGGAGGCUGCGACCGCCUCUGCUCGGCCCCGGGGCGGUGAAGGGAGGCGGGGUGCCCAGCCCGCCCGGCCCGGUCGUGGAGCCGGCGGCACUGGAAGCGAGGGGCAGGCGGGACACGGUGCCGGGACACGGUGCCGGGACACAGCCACAGCCCGGCGUUUCGGAAAGCCAACCGCGGGCAGGCCGCCGAACUCUCCCCAGCGCUUGUUUUCGUGAAACACGGAAUCAACCGAGCUCGCGAGCCGGGGCGCACGCGGGCGGGGGGCGGGCACGGCCGCCGGGCAGCGUUUGGCGUUUGGUGUUUGGUGUGCCGUUGCCGCCUGCUCUGUCUGUGAGGGCGAGCGGCGGCGGUGGCGGCCGGGCCCCGGCGCCCCGCGGGGACGCGGCCCCGGCGGCGGCCGAAGGGUGCCCAUGGUGUGGGACAGCACCGGGGCUGGCGCUCUCCAAGGGCUCCGGGACAAGGGAGGUCCCGGUUAACCUCAGUUUUACUCGUUCUAUGAAGUGACAUUUGGAACACCCAGCGUCUGAGAUGGCUGAAUCAGAAUCUCAGGAAGGAAACUAUUAUAACAGGGGAAACAAAGUGCAGAACUUCAAAGCAGACAUGGAGGAACUUCUGGAGGAAAUGGAAAAACUAACAGUGCAUGCAGCCUGGCUGGCCUACGACUGCACACCCAUCCAGACCAACCCAGACCUGCACAACGCCAUGCAGCGCUUGGAAGAUGUGUUCCUGAUGUGCAAAGAGCAGAUGCAGAAGAAAUGGCAAGAGGUGCUAAUGGAAUCUAGAGGUGAAGGGCAAAAAAAGGAGUAAACUGAAUUUGGUCAUGCUGGUAGAAUGACAUCCCUUGGAAAAAUCACUUUGGUCCUUUUUUCUCCCAGCUGUGGAGGUUUCAUAGGCACUGUGGGCAAUGGAUUUGCUUUCCUCUUGUUGAGAACUACUUAUUUGUGAAUGUCUGUGGAAGUAUUUUAAUGAGGUUACACAUAUAGCUUUGUACAGUUGAGGGUAAAAGGCAGCAGUGUGUGAUUUGCACAAUGUCCAUCAGUAAUCCCAGUAGUGUUUGCACACACAGUUGACACACCCUCUGUCCCUUUUCUCUGGAAGAUCAUCCUCACUCCAUGGUCAAUAGAACUGGAAUUCUUUGAGACCUGAACAAACUGGGGGCAUGGGCAGUAGGGGUGCUGUAGAGGACCAGCACAGUGGCACUGCACAAGCCCAUGCCUUUCAAAGAAAACUGAAGAACUGCUGCUUUUCCCAAAGGGAACACAGGUGAAAUUCUAGAUUUGGAGAUAGAUUGAGUUGGUUUUAUUUAGGAUUAUCACCUAGGUGUUCAAUUACAUAGUUUUAUUAUUUAGAUAGAUCAUCCAUAGUUGAUGAUUUUAGAUAGAUAGAUUUUAGAUAGAUAGACUUUAGAUAGCCUUUUAACCAUUUCUUUGAACUGGUUUCACCAGAAAGAUUGUUCCUUUCAAACCAUCUGAAGGUGGCAUGAAAUAAAUUUUUUUUACCAUUAUAGACUGCAGUGCGUGUGGUGGCAUUGCUGCAGAAACCAAACCAACCAUGGCAUAAAACGUGCUUCUCUCCCUAUGCUCUUACUGUGGUAUAUUAGAGAAGGAAAAAAAUUACUUUUUUAGUCAGGAUAAGAGCAGCACCUUGUGGCUUUUGUUAUACAUAAAUGAGUAAUUCAUCAGAGAUGGAAGUCAGUGCAAUAAGUUUUAAGGAUCUUCCUUUUUAUUAAAAUCAGUCUCUUAACUAGAAUAUAAGCACCAUGUAGCAAGUGAGAACACCUCCAUCUCCUCUGAAGAUGUAUGUAAUGAUUUAAAUCACAUCUAAAUGAUCCCUAAAAGUUUGCCAAUUUUUAGGCUGUGUAUUUCUUUGAGAUUGGUUAAUCUAAAUUCAGACAGAAUGUUUAUCCACUGAAGUAAAAAAAUGUAGGCAAUUUAA